UGCACAUGGAAGGAGGUAGCGUUGAGGACUUUCGCUCGUUAUUUGUGCGUUUAUAAUGCUUUCUCUAACCAUAAGAGAGCUUGCAGCUCAUUUUAGAAGCAAGAGAUAUUCUCCUUUGGAAGUAUGUUCAGCCUGUUUAAGAGAUAUCAAACAAACCAGCUGUCUAAACGCGUUUGUAACGGUGUUGUCAGAGCAGGCACAAGAGCAAGCGAAGGAAAGCCACGAGCGGUUGGCCAAAGAUGCACCGUUGGGGCCUUUGGACGGCGUUCCGAUUGCUGUGAAAGAUAAUUUCUGCAUAUCUGGUGUAAGAACGACAUGUGGAUCGCGAAUGCUCGCCGAUUUUUACCCACCUUACACAGCGACUGUCGUCGAGAAGCUUCGAAAACAAGGCGCGGUCAUCCUUGGCAAGACGAACAUGGACGAGUUCGGAAUGGGCUCCGGUGCCACCGAUUCCACUUUUGGACCGUCCAGAAAUCCGUGGAAGUAUCUGGGUAAGGACGCGACGGACGAGUGGCAUAUUGCUGGUGGAAGUUCCGGUGGCAGUGCCGUCUCAGUGGCGACUGGUUGUGCUUUCGGUGCUUUGGGCUCCGACACAGGUGGCUCCACGCGAAACCCAGCAUCACGGUGCGGCGUCGUCGGUCUUAAACCUACGUACGGAGCACUUUCUCGGCACGGGCUCAUCCCGCUAACAAACUCCAUGGACGUUCCCGGCAUAUUAGCGAAAACGGUCGACGAUGCCGCCUUGUUGUUUAACGUUAUGGCUAAUGUCGACGAAAACGACUCCACGAGUGUGUCUCUUCCCGAGCACGCGCGGAAUCUGGAGUUGGACGAUGAGCCCUCGCUUGCCGGCAUUCGUGUUGGCGUUCCGAGGGAGUACCACUGUCCUGGUAUGGCACCUGAAGUAGUAGACACCUGGCGCUACGUGGCCGAUAAGUUAGACUCCCUGGGCGCCAUCGUAUCCUCAGUGUCAUUACCUCACUCGCAGUAUUCAACGGAGUGUUAUUCGGUACUCAACUGUUGUGAGGUGGCAUCGAACUUCGCUCGCUACGACGGUCUCGAGUACGGGCACCGCGCUGACAGCGACUCUUCGACGGAAGCCCUGUACGCAUCUUCGAGACACGAAGGGUUUAACGAAGUCGUUAGAGGACGAAUAUUGGCUGGAAACUUUUUUCUGCUGCGCAAAAACUAUGACAAGUACUUUAUGAAGGCUCUUCAAGUGCGCCGUUUAAUAUGCGACGACUUCAACAGGGUGUUCGAAUCGGGUGUACAAUUGAUUUUGACGCCAGUAACUCUCACCGAAGCGCCAAAGUAUUCAGACUGGGCGCUUAAGGAUAACAGGGAGAGGGUGUCUGUUGAAGACUUUUGCACCCAACCAGUCAAUAUGGCUGGGCUUCCUGCGGUCAGCCUGCCCUGUCGUCUCUCGCAUAAUGGUCUCCCAUUGAGUCUGCAGCUCGUUGCCCCUAGGUUCGCAGAACGGGACCUGCUGUCUGUUGCAAAGAGGCUAGAGCUAGAGCUUCAGUUUCCACGGCUGGACGUGCAUCUACACUCGUGCAGCCAGAGUAGGAACGCUGUAUUCACUUCAAUUUCGUGAUUGAAACUUUUCUUAUGUAGCUAUAUUCUGUGAAUUUUAGAGAAACGAUUGCUGGAGGUGUCAUAGUGACACCAAUAAAGAUGCAGUCCAUAC